UAAAUUCUAGUUCUUAAAAUAUAUCAUGUAAUUUGACAUACGAUCUUGUGAGCUACUUUGUGCUAUAAAUAUGAGUCGACAAGAUUCAAAUCCAGGUGUGAAUAGUAAUGUCAACAACAAUGUGAUUGAAAAAUCACUGAAACCCAACGUUCCAUCGAAGCCACAUCAUUUACAGCCAGGGACCAAAGCAUCUUUAUCAAAGGAUAAUAUUACUCCGAAAGGAUGGAGCCGCCAAACAAAUUUUACCUUUGAUGCAAAAAAUGUUGAAACAGCCGAUAAAUCUAUUACUCAGCCUGAGUCAAUGUUCUCACCGAAAUGGAGGCCGGUUCCAAGAGUUUCGAAAAAACAAAACAAGAGAGAGGAUAUAAAAACUAAGGAUUACAAUGCAAAUCAGGAAUUAAGUUCACCAACCACUGGACACAAAAGUUUAUCGAGACCACAUUCUAAAUCUCUAUUGUUAGAAGAGGAACAACAGCCUGGCUUUGGUUCAUUAAAGCGUAUGUGGAGUCAAAAAUUGAAAGAUGGUGAUAAGUUACCAGGAUUGUCUUCACCUCCUACAUUACGUACUCAAGCAAAGGAAAGAGCACACAGUCCAUUAUCAAAAAAUAAUUCAGUUGAUAAAUCAACAGCAUCCGAUAAAACUGAUUCUCCGCAGUCACUCAGCAGAUCUGAAUCUUCAUCUUCUAAUGGAUCGGUUCGCACCGCAAGUUUCAAAGACAGGGCACACGGUUCAUGGCAUUGCGUUAUAUCACAUUCACCUACGAAUACAGGGAGUGGGUUUGUUUCGGAGGGGUUUCCUUCUCAAAUCCCACCAAAUGAACCUGCAAUAACAGAAAGCAGUAGGAACAAAAAGUUUGACCACUCUAUUUUAAUGCCACGUCCGUUUCGCACAUCCGCUAUCGAUGAAGAAAGUACUUUCGCUUCUGUUCGUGCCGUGAAAUCGCAAUCAAGUAAUCAUCAUACACCUUCCAAACAAAUCAGUCCCAUAACAGAAAGAAAAGAAGUCAGAAGACCGAGUUCAAGUUUGUCAGAUGAUUCUAAUACUAGUCCAGCUGAAGAACUAGAUAGUGACGAACGAGAAAUGAGGCAAGCUAGGAAGUUAGGAACACGUGUUACUCGAUUUGACGACGAUGGCAAUAUGUAUUCCGUUGAUCCACGCACUGGGAAAGUGGAAUAUGUUGAUAAAAAUAUUACUAAAGAACGAAUACCUGAAGCAAUAUACAGUGACUCUCCAUUUGUGGAUAGCAGUAAAACAAAUAUUUCACAUAGAGGAAAAAUAACCCUUGAAAAUGCGGGAAAACGCAAUGGGUCAGACAGAAAUUCUCAUCGAAGUUUACAUUCUAAUCAAAGAUCACAUGAGUCAAGUAGUGAUGAAGCUCCACCUCCUCUUUUGCCAAGAGAGAGAGGAUCUCGCCAUGCAAGGUCAAGGGCACCAUUGGUAUCAUCUCUGAGUGGAGGAAGACAAAGCAGUUUAACUUCAUACUCAAUGUAUCCACCAAAAAAUCGUGGUUCUCGCUAUGCAACAUCAACGAGAACUGAUUAUGGAGGUAUAAGUCCAGACUCAGCUGUUCCGCCCCCAAUUAUGCCACGAGGUGAACAAAUGCCUGCCAUUUCACAGGAUUAUACACCAAUGUCAGCAUCUGGUUCGGAUAAUCCAUUUCCUGGCUUGAGAACCAGAACAAGUACAUCAAGUUUAAACUCGUUCCUAGACCAAGCAGGCCCAGCAUAUGAGCCGAUGGAUGCUUCAGGAUCAUAUGAACCAAUGGAACCUAAAGAUGAGGAUGAAAUGUUCUGUUACUCAGCUGCUGUUGACCCUGCCAAACCAAGAUUAUCUCUCCGAGAAUAUCAUGAAAUCGAUCCAGAUCCUGAUGUUCCUGUCGGCCAGCUUACAACAACUGUUGUUUAUGAUCCUGGUCUAGUUCCUCCUCCGCCGGAUUGUGAUCCUCCUACAUUACCAGAAGGAGUUACGAGAACACACUCAAGGUCGAAAUCUCAUCCUAAUCCACCAGGGUCCCCACCUCCACUACCCCCUUUAAACCCAAACACAGGAGCCCAAAAGAAAUUGAAUUAUAUUGAAGUUGAAAUCGGAACAGCAAUGUCGACUAGGGAUGUUGAGGCCAAAAGGAAAUCACAAAAAACUAAUUAUACCGAAGUCAUCAUUGGAGGAGGGCCAGUUGUUAGCGGAAAAGAUGAUGGUGAUGGGAAAAAGGGGAAAUCUGUCAAAGGAAAGUUAAUGUCCAUGUUCUCAUCUAAACACCAUGAUGGAUAUCUAAGUGAAGGGGAUGUAAUAUCACACAAGAACACGGAUGAUGAAAGAAUGACAGAUUUCACGAAAGAGCGAAAUAAAUUGAAAAGACUAAGUGGAAGAUUAUUAAGAAAGAAUAAAAGCAAGCAUAAAUCAAGAGAUUAUAGUCAUCAAUCAUCUGUGGAACAAGAAUCAUCAUAUUCUUCGCAUCAUGCUAUCAACAAUAAUAAAGAAUUAGAAAAUGUAGCAGUAGCUGUGUAUGGAUCGGCUACUAAUCUUUCCACCACUUCAUCAGAAAGUACAAGGAGUUUAUCUCAUCUUGCAUCCAGUAAUAGUGGGAGUUCAGGUGACGGACAAGCAAGAUUCCAUCAUUCUCAGGGAAUGAGUGGUUCAAUUCACCCUAAUGCUGAUCGACGACAAAGUCACGAACCCCAUCGUGCACUCCCUCCAAAACUCGAUAAAAAAUCUCGAAGUGAGGUGCAAUUGAAUGUUGAAAUGAACUUGCCGAAAACCAACAACUCAAAACAACAAAACAAUGAAUCUCAUGCUUACUCAAAAUCAGUAGAUAACACUCAGAGUAACGACUAUCAAGCCGCAAGAUCAGGGCAAGGAUAUGGAGGAUCUCCAAAGAUUUCAGCACCCCGUGUUCAAAGUCAUUUACACCAGCAGCGAGGUACAAGAACAAAAGUAUUACCGACAUCACCUCGUCCUGUAUCAGAGCCACCAUUCGGGCCAGAAAAUUCCGGUUCCAACCCGAAUUUAUCAAGACCCUUGUCUACACCAUAUGAUACUGAAUCAUUACGCCGAUCGCCGCGACCAGACAUGGUGAGGAUUUUACCACUACCAAUCAUAAAAGACAAUACUUCGACUGAUCAGGAACAAUUGAGUCCGAAUUUUCCUUUGGUUUCCCCUCCGUCUCCACCACCUUUGGACAGCCUGCCUCCAUGUCCAGUACCAGAUGCUUCAGGGGACAUGCCACCAGCUCCAAUGAGAGACCUUAAACCCGAUCGAUUCAAGAAACAGCAACGUGUUAGCAGGGAUUUAUCAUCUUCUGAUACGGAUUAUACAGCUGCUCAAGAUAUUCCAACUGUUGGCAUUGAUGCAGGAAACGGCAACGAUCCUAUUUAUGACGAUGUAGAAUUUGAUGACAACUUGGGAAUACAUUCAAAAACGCCAUUAUCUGCUUCAAGCAAAUCCAAAUUAUUGGAAUCUGAACCUUUGUAUCAGGUUUAUCGUAGUCGAACAUUAACACAUGCAUCAGUUAGAAAUCGUCAUAAUGUAACAGCACAAAGAAGAAGAUUCAAAACUACAACAACAGCUCAUACAGAACGACGGAGUGAUGAUGUAUGGCAGAGUGAUCUGAUGACAGAUGAUGCCGGUUCAACAACAUUAUGGAAAGAAGUUAAAGAAGUUGUUGAAAGUGGAAUCGGGAUUAAUCUUACUAACGAUGAGAUGAAAUUACAGCAGGCACAAUUUGAAGUUGUAACAUCACAAGCCUCAUACAUGAGAAGUUUGAACAUUCUCAUCGAUCAUUUCAGUAGAGAUAGCUCAAUGGAAAACACAGAUAUUUUACCAAAGAAACAAAGAAAAGAACUUUUUUCCAAUAUCAUAGCUGUGCAAGAGGUGGAACGAAGAUUUCUUCAGGAUAUUGAACAACAUUUUUGGGCAAAAUUAUAUCUGACCGAUAUUGCAAAAUUAACAGCGCAGUAUGCAACAUCUGAAUUUGAAGUUUAUGUUCGAUACGUUCAGAAUCAAGUUUAUCAAGAUCGAGUAUUAACUGACCUACAGAGAAGCAAUGAAAAAUUUGCUGAGGAACUUGCUCGUCUCGAGUCAUCUCCAUUUUGCAACAAACUUCCUCUGUUAUCGUUCCUAUUAUUGCCAAUGCAGAGAGUUACUAGACUACCGCUACUCAUAUCUGCUAUAGUCAACCAGGCAGAUUCAGCGGGGGAUAAAAUAGCAUAUGCUGCCGCUAAACAAGCUCUGGCUGUUGUGAAUAAGCUUGUCAAGAAAUGCAACGAAGGUGCAAGAAAGAUGCAACAAACUGAACAACUUGCUGAAACUGCCCGAGAACUUUGUUUUGCACCGAAAGUGAAGACAUAUGCACUUGUGUCACAAUCAAGGUCUGUUGUAAAGAAAGGUGAAAUGACAGUAACAAUGGCCCAAGAAAAUAAGAAGUCUAAAGUUAUGAAGUUAUGGUUGUUUUUAUUCUCUGAUGUUUUAUUGCUGGCAAGGAAGAAAAAUUUCCUUGAGGCAGGAACAAACAUUAAAUAUGAAGUCAUUGACUGGGCGAAACGAGCAAUGCUUUAUGCGAAUGAACGUGCAGUUUCGGAUAAUGAAAUAUUUUUAGUCCUUCUUGAAAAUUGUGUGGGGAAACGGGUGGAGCUUACUCUCACUCCUACAUCUCAAAAUGAAUUGUCUAGGUGGACAGAUGCUCUCAGUCCUCAGAGAAUAGACGAAUCAGAAGACAGUAUUUACGAAUCAUGGGAUUGUCCACAAUAUAAUUGUAUUGUACCUUAUACUGCCCAACAACCUGACGAAAUAUCAUUGGAUGUAGGUGAUGUCAUGAGAGUAUUAAAGAAAACUGGAGAUGGCUGGCUGGAAGGUGAGCGUCUCCGUGACAACGAACAAGGAUGGUUUCCUGCUGAAAAUUGUGAAGAAAUUGAAGAUGAACAUGUUCGAGCUAGAAACUUACGAAAUUUGUAUCGUAUUAUACCAGCUGGUGGAUCCCAGGAAUAGUAUACCAAGUAUGAAAAUGGUUUGAAGUUUCAGUACGAUCAAGUUAGGAGAAAGCACAUUCAAGUAUACAGCACAGAUCAGUGGUUCACAACCUUAGAGCCAAAUUUCAAACCUUAAAGUUGUAGGGAGCCGCAUGUAAAAACAACGCAAAUUGAAAUAGCAAUAAAGCAAAACUCAAGUCUUUUUUUAAAAAUAACAACAUCAACCAAACUCGGGGUAAAAACCAUCUAUUUCAAUUUAAAAGUACUUCUCUUUCCAAUGUCAGGAUAGCCUGCUUGUGAUUGAAAAACACUAUGACAUCAUAAUAAAAUGUUGAAAGAAUAAUUGAGAGCCACAUGUGGUUCUAACAACCGUGGUUGAGAAUCACUGGCAUAGAUUGUUCUUUACCGGUGAUUAUAAAUUUUCCUGAUCAUAAAAACAGAGCAUACAAUGUAUCUUUUUCAAUAAUAUUGUGCCUGAUUUUUGUGUUGGCACUCAUUAUAAUUGACAAUGGGCUUUGACAAUUCGUAUUGUCCUCUUUUUUUACAUUUAUACCACUACAAUUAAACGUUUUGUUUGUUACAAACAAGUGACCAAACACAAAUAUAUUAUUUAGUGUUCAUUUUGAUCGAACUCUAUGAGAGACAAUUAUAGCAUGAAUUUGUCCACAUCUAUUAUCAUUAGUAAUAACAUCAAGAUUUAUGAUAACCUGCAGGCCGUUUUUUCUGCCAAUUGUCGAACUGUCCCAUAAAUAUCAGAUUUUAGAGCAUUUCUGUUAAGGACUAAACUUACUCUGCAGUGAGGAUGUUUUUUUCAACAAUGUCUGUAAAAAAAUAUAUUUUUAUUAUUUCUUUGCAGUUUUCAUAUGAAUUAUUUUUUUUCUAUUGCAUCAAAAUUUGUCAUAUUAAUGAUUUAAAGAAAGCUACUUUUCCACUAGCUUCUGAAUGAUAAAUUUUUAUGAAUCAUAUUAUAGUGUAUUGAUCGAUCACAUGUUUCCUUGAUCACUUUUUAUCAUUUUCUAUCUCUCUAAACCAAAAUUUAUUAUUUUCGUAUCGUGGGAAUUAUGCAUCAAUCAGCAUUUUAUGAAUGUAAUGCAAUUGAAAUCACCUUUCCUCAUUGUAUGUUGAAUCAUGUAUAUUUGAAUAUGGGCCAUGAAUAGUUUUUUUUAAAUAGAGGUUGUUUGUUUUUAAAGUUAAAAUCAUUCUAUUAUAUUAUUCAAAGCAUGUAAUUAUUGAAUCGAUAUCGGCUUAAGACAUCUCUCUAAUAUUCUUUGAGGGGUAUGGAGUAUGUUCAAUUUUAAAUGAUAAGCAUUUACGAAAUUUUGGAUAAUUUUUGAAUGUGCAGAAUCUUUUUGUUAAGUAGAUAAGAACUAGGCAAAUAUUAUAUAGACAUAUCAUUACUUCACACGAAAAUAUCAUAUUUUUCAUAAUUAAACAUGGUCUAAUUGAAAUAAGGUAACUAGAGCUUGCUUGCUUCGAAUCACCUUCCUAGUUAGAAAACUGAAAAAAAAAAUCAAAAUUGGAUUAAUACGUUUUUUUCUCUAUCACUGUAGUAGGCUUGAGCUAUAUCCAGCUACUUUUUUGAUAACUCAAGAGGAGGAUAUAACAUACCAUAACUAAUGUCUGAAAUAUUGAUUCAACUGUACUAGUAUCAUAGAAAUGAUUCAGUACUAAAGAAUGAUUCAUCUCGAUCGAAACGCAUACCCCUCAUUAUAGAGCUUCACUUUGGAGGUUUUUUUGUUUUAUACUUAAUAUCAAUCCAACUAUAUUGAUAAGUUUCAUGUUGUAAGGUACGUAUGACCUUAUGGUGCAAGGUCUAAAAAUAUUUUUUCUCUGAGUCUGAUAAUAUAAUAUAUAAAUUAAUAUUGUAAUAGGUUUUAUAAAAUUAUAAUAACCCAUCUAUGGGGGAAAAUUUACUGUAAAUUCUAUAUUAUGAGUUACGUUAGAUGUGUUUGAUAAUUUUAUUGUGAAGCAAUUCUCAUUCAUUGAGUUUUAAUUUAAUACUUAUCCUGGUACUGGAUAUAUCAUAUAUUUGCAUAGCAUAAAGAUAGGUUUAUAAACAUUUAAAAACAAUAAAAAACGCUUGCUUUUGUUUUGACAAAUCUGGUGCUUGAAUCUGAAUUCCCUUUGGAAUGAAGCAUUUUAAUGGCAUAUAUUACCCUAAUAUCUAAAAGGUAGCAUUUGCGAAUCACUCUAUAACAUAUUCUUUAAAAUUCAGACUUUCAACCAUGGUGCUUCUAAACUGCCAGCUUAAAUGACAGGUUGCAUUCAUACGAUUCUCUUUUAUAUUACUGCUUCUAUAAUACAGUUCUGGUCCAUAAACAGUUUCUACCUUUGUAAUGAAUCGUCACUGCAACAUUUUUUCAACGUUCUUUCUCUCUCUCCAAUUGUUUUUUUCGCAUGCGCAUGCUCAUUUUGAGUAAUUGAUAGUCCAAAAUGAUCUUUAUUACAUGAAGUUUUGACAGGACCAACCAAAUCUAUUAGUUUUUGAUUCAUUGGUUGGUCACCAGAAAAAUUAUUUCAUUAUGGAAAUCAUGAUGAUUGCCUCUUCCAAUGAAAACAUCAAUAAAUGCAUAUAUCUAAGUGGGACGUUGAAUUUUUCACUAUUGCUAUGUGUAUGAAGUUACGUGGGACCAACUCAUUCCGUUAGUUUUUUUUUUUUUUUCAAUUUUACUAAAAAAGUCUGUUGUAAACUUUUUUCAGCUCAUGCCAAACCAGAAAUUUUUUUUUUAACUAAAUCAUUUAUUUGACGUCCAUAUUCGUCCCAACAUGCAUUUGAUCAUUAAUGUGCCAUAUAGCAGAGAUACUCAAACUAUUUUUGAUAAAAGUUCGUUUACAAUAUUUCGGAGUACAGAUAAUAUGUUUCACAGUAAGACUAAAUAGGUUAGGAAGUUAACGGAAAAGCAAUUGAUGUUAAACUGAGUAACCAUAAAAUAUUACACAUCCUUUAAGAUCAGAGUUUAUAAUAGCAUCACAGUUCUUUUUGUAUUUAGUUUGGUACAAAUAUGAGAAGGAAACCUUAUCAUAUCCAAAUUUAAUGAGAUCAAUGCUACAAAAUAAAGAAUACUCGAAAGGUCUAGAUUUGGACCGCCGUCUCCCAGUUCCUUCAGCAGGGCUAUAGAAUAUAGCUAACUAACCUGAAGGUUAUCUAUCCCCUAACUUUUAAUGAAAUCUGGUUCAAAUUGAGAAUUGUGAUUACUUUUUCUGUGUAGUGUUAUGAAUGCAUUUAUCUGCCUUUUUGUUAUAUAUUCUACAUCAUUUUUCAUGUAUAUCUAUUGGUGCCUUCUAUUGAAAAAUUCCUAUUUUGCAUUUUCUAUAUAUCGUGUUUUGAUUUUUUUUUUAAAUAUUAGUGAUAAGCAUUACAUACCUAUAAUACAUUACCGCAUUUUUACCAUCGAUGUAAUCUCUUUUUUCCUUACAUCACAAUGCAGUGUCAUGCGGUGAUCCAGUUAUCUCUAUCGACAAAUAAUAAACUAUACGUCAAAUAAACAGCGUAAA